CUUCUCUCUACCAGUUUCGAGAUCCAUCUUCUCACUAAAAUGGAGCCAUCAUCAAUCUGGGCCACACUCACUCAAUUCCUCCCCCACCUACUCUCCUUCCUCGCCGUCAUUGUUGUUCUCGAGCAGAUCUUGUACAUCAAGAAAAAAGGAUCCAUUCCAGGGCCACCGCUCGUCAUUCCAUUUCUCGGUAACGCCAUUUCUCUAGUCAGAUAUCCCACUAGAUUCUGGGAUGUACAAGCCGACUUAGCCAAAACAUCUCAUCUCGGCAUCUCCGCAAAUUACCUAAUCGGAAAAUUCAUCGUCUUCGUCCGCGACUCUGACCUAUCUCACAAGGUCUUCGCCAAUGUCCGUCCAGAUGCAUUCCAUCUCGUAGGUCAUCCUUUCGGUAAAAAGCUAUUCGGUGAGCAUAAUCUCAUUUACAUGUUCGGACAAGAACAUAAGGAUCUCCGUGGACGUAUCGCUCCGAAUUUCACUCCUAAAGCCCUAGCUACAUACACGUCGAUUCAGCAUAACAUUAUUCACAAUCAUCUCCUCAGAUGGCUUGAACUCUCCGAAUCAACGCCGACUGGAUCUCCUAUCAGUCUCCGUCUCUUAUGCCGUGACAUGAAUCUCGAGACCUCGCAGACUGUCUUCGUCGGUCCUUACUUAAAGCCUGAAAUGAAGGAAAGAUUCAACAAGGACUACAAUCUAUUCAAUGUAGGUGUGAUGGCGUUACCGAUUGAUCUCCCUGGAUUCGCUUUCCAGGAAGCUAGAUAUGGAGUCAAACGACUCGUUGAAACCCUAGCAGUUUGCGCAGAAAACAGUCAGGAUACGAUGAGAAAAGGAAUUGAACCGAUGUGUUUAAUGGAUUACUGGAUGCAGGAAACCAAUAGAGAAAUGGAAGAAGCAAAAGCCGCCGGAAUUCCCCCGCCGGCAAACAGUAGCAGUUUAGAGAUCGGAGGUUACAUUUUCGAUUUCCUCUUUGCCGCGCAAGACGCCUCCACCUCCUCUCUCCUAUGGGCGGUUACGCUUCUGGACUCGCAUCCGGACGUACUCGAAAAGGUUCGGCGCGAGGUUACGUCGAUUUGGAAAUCUGAAACCGACGGGCCGAUAACGACGGAGAAGCUAAAAGAGAUGAAGUAUACGGAGGCGGUGGCGCGUGAGGUUUUGAGAAUUAAAGCGCCGGCGACGCUAGUUCCACACAUUGCCGGAGAGGAUUUCCAGUUGACGGAAAACUAUAGGAUUCCGAAAGGCGCGAUCGUGUUUCCGUCGGUUUAUGAAUCGUCGUUUCAGGGAUUCGUUGAACCGCAUCGGUUCGAUCCGGAGAGAUUCAUGGAGGAGAGACAGGAGGAUCGUUUGUAUAAGAAGAACUUUCUGGUAUUCGGAGCUGGAGCUCAUCAAUGCGUGGGGCAGAGAUACGCCAUUAGACAUCUGGUUCUGUUCAUCGCCAUGUUCACUUCCAUGGUGGAUUUCAAGCGUCAUCGCACGGACGGCUGUGAUGAACUGGUAUACGUUCCCACCAUCUGCCCUAAAGACGAUUGCAAAGUGUUCCUAUCCAAGAGAAGGUGAGGUGCACGCACACUUGAUCCCUACCUUUUUCCUUUGUCUUCUUUACUUUGUACCAAUUUCCCGCGCCGACGGAUCGGUAGGACAUGGCGGGGAAAUCUAAAAUGAUAAAUAAAUUCUUUUUUCUUUUUCUUUUUUUUUUAGUGUAAGGGUGUCAUUUGAUUUGUUUCAAUUUGUUUGGUGAUUGUUUGAAAUUCAUUCUCUCUUCUUUUUUUUCAUUUUAAUAUCUCUAUUUUUUUUUCUCUUAUUUAUGGCUUUUUCUA